AUGAUGCUCAGUCGCUUUCCUCUUCGCAUGACAUCUGGGAGCUCCCAGAGAGCAAGUAGUAUUGGUCCUGGACCACAAGGGCCCGGCUUGGCCCCACCCCAGUCUGAUGUCAGACCUCGUUCUCGCUCAAUGCUCGGGUCUGAUGCAGGCUUGUCAACCCACUCUGGUCCUUCAAGUCGCAGGCUACCCAGCUCAAACUCUCAGCCACGGGUGACCCACAGGCACAGCAGUUCAAACCACGAACAGAUUUCUGUUCCGGGAACUCCCCAGGUUUUCCCUCCGGGCCCACUGACACGCCCAUCUUCUCCAUCUGAAUCGUCCGAUCUUGACGAGUCUAUCACUCUGGGUAUUCGGCGCCGUAGGGACUCCAGCAACGACAUAAUUCAACUCACCCCCAGACGCACCAAGUGUUUGAAAACGCACGCACAGAAGCUUGCCAGUGAUCGUGGAAUACCAUUGCAGAAGUUACUUGCAUUUAUUGAGAAUGGUGAUUUAUUUAUCAUGCUUCUUGAGCUGAGGGCCGGUCAGAUUGAACGAGAAGAAGGGACUGAAGCAAACGCUAUACAGGAACUAGAGAAACUCAUUUCUUUGAAGGACUUCGAGAGCGCACUAAAGAGUCGUCUUACCGCCUGUAUGCUGUCCCCUAACCUGACUGCAUAUGUGACCGACACCCAACAACAUGUCAUGGAAUUUAUUCAAGGGCACACUGAACUUUUCAAGAUCUCUGAGGGCCUCUUUGAUGACAACGAGUUGCGUACACAAUUGGGUAAAUUGGUCACGCGGCUUUUGGCGACCAUCCGUGGCCAGAUCAAGACUGCAUUAACCACAUCGAUCAUCAAGAGAUUGAGUAUUAUGGACGCCCUCAAGCCCCUUAUACACAGUGGUAUGGAAGUUGAUUCUUCGCACUGGACUAGAUUUGCAUUUUUGCGGCGCUGUCUCCGCAUUUUCUUAAUCGGAGUUCAUGAUCAUGAAAAGCUCUCCCUCCAGGAUCUUUUCUCCCCCUACCUCAUUGCCUCGCUUUACCCAGACCUCCAACAGCACAUUGAGAUAACACUCAAAGUUGAUCUAGUUCAGCUGGCGCAGGAACUCCAGGAUGGCACAGCCCACGCCUCUGGCAGUGGGAAUCAAAAUGGAACCCCUAGUGCCCACCAAGGUACCAACGACACCACCCACGAGGAUGCGAGCCAAGCCAAAAGCGCAGUCGAUUUAGGAGACAAAUCUGUAAAUCUGUUUGUGAAUGCGGGUGUGGACACGGAUGUGGAUGGAAUAUCUGACAAUUAUGUUGAUCCUGGUUGUUCGAGUUCUGGCUUCGGACUCGAUGGCUCGGAGCCGAAGUGGAACAAGCAGAAGUUCUGGAAUUAUAUUGAUGCCAUGCUGGAGCAGAUUCGCGAGAGUGCACGAGAUGUAUCAGACGGUAGUUCUGCUGCGUACGAGGAUGCAUACCGAAAGGCAAUGGUCGAGAUUCUCCAGCUCGAUCUGCAAGAAUUCCCUGGUCGCCGAAAAUUUAUAACUCUCUCGAAAGCUGCGCAGCCUAUGUGGCAGGAGACAAUUCAGAAGAAGUUGUUGUGGUAA